CCACCACGCUGCGUCAUCCGUCAGCUCCUGAACCCAGCCUGGCCAACCAGAGUUCGCCCAGCUCGAGCUCAGGCCACGUCCACAGAAUUUGCUCCAAGUCCCAGCCCAUCCCCGAACGGUGGCGGGAGUGCAUCCCGCGACAGUUCGCUGCCUCCGAUUCUUGCUCCUGCGACCACCAUCCUGCCUAAGCAGGAGGAGGCUGAAAUCCCAGCCAGAGCCUUCCAGAAGGCGCCUGAGCCCCUAGGCCCAGCGGACCAGUCCGAGCUCGGCCCAGAGCAGCCCGAGGCCGAAGUUGAGGAGAGCUCGGACGAGGAGCCGGUGGAGUCCAGGGCCCGGCGGCUGCGGCGCACCGGGUUGCAGAAGGUACAGAGCCUGCGGAGGGCCCUGUCUGGCCGGAAAGGCCCUGGAGCACCAACGCCCACGCCGGUCAAGCCACCGCGCCUCGGGCCUGGCCGGAGCACUGAUGACCAGCCGGAAGCCCGGCCUGCGCUGGAGCCCAAGCCGGAAUCAGAACCUCCACAGGACACCGAGGAAGACCCCGGGAGGCCUGCGGCUGCCGAAGCCGCGAUGCUGCAAAUAGAGAGUGCGGCCUAAGGGCUGGCGCUGCCUGCCUCUCCUGUGCCUGGUCCCAAAAUAAAUCUCCCUCUCAGAAUGCAGCCUUCACGCCCAAAUAAGGAGUGAAUCCUGCACCCACAGCCCAGCUCUGGCCUUUCCCAGCUCCUUCAGGCUAGCGUGUGUCCCCUGAAAGGAGCAGCCUCUUGCACCUGCUUGCACUCACCGUCAAUAAAAGUCAUGCCACCUAA